AUGGAGAGCAAUGGUACCCUCAAGGUGCCAGCUAUCAGUGUGAAUGACUCUGUAACAAAGAGUAAGUUUGAUAACCUCUACGGUUGCCGUGAGUCUCUGAUCGAUGGUAUUAAUAGAGCCACAGAUGUUCUCUGAUUGCAGGAAAGGUUGCAGUCAUGGCUGGGUACGGGGAUGUCAGGAAGGGCUGUGCUCAGGUCUUGAGAGCCUUUGGUGCCCAUGGUAUAAUCACAGAGAUCGUCCCAAUUAACACAUUGCAAUCUACUAUGGAAGGUUAUCAGGUCACCACCAUGGACGAUGCUUGCAAAGAAGGCAACAUUUUUGUUACCACAACAGGAUGCAUAGAUAUUGUAGAAGGAAGGCAUUUUGAACAAAUGAAAGAUGAUUCCAUUUUGUGCAACACCUGUCCCUUUUAUGUUGAGCUUGAUGUAAAGUGGUUGAAUGAUCAUGCAGCGAAGAAAGUGAACAUUAAGCCACAGGUGGAUCGUUACCUUUUGUAGAAUGGAAGACACAUCAUCCUACUGGCAGAAGGGCAUCUGGUUAACUUAGGGUGUGCUAUGGGUCACCCCAGCUUCGUCAUGAGUGGGUGACCCUCAUUCACCAACCAGGUCAUGGCUCAGAUUGAACUCUUGACCAACAAUGAUAAAUAUUCUAUUGGUGUCUAUUUCCUGCCUAAGAAGCUUGAUGAGGCUGUGGCUGCUGCCCACAUGGACAAACUCGGUGUGAAGCUCACCAAACUUUCCGACAAGCAGGCAGAAUACCUUGGUCUUGAUAAAGAAUGUCCAUUCAAGCCUGACCAUUACAGAUACUUAAUCUCCUAA